UUUUUCACCACUUCCGGUUUCAUAGCGGAUAUUUUUUUUCGAUGGUUCCUCAGAAACUACAAUGAAGAAAUAUGAAGACAUUCCAAAAGUGGUACUUGAUAAAAACCAUGCUUCAAUAAUGCUCUAGUGACUUCCACUUGCUUAAAUAACAAAAGAUAUUAAAAAAAAAACUGACCCUAGAUUUUGAUGUACCAAGGAAUUAUCAUUGAAAUGUAAGAAGCUUCCACACAAACAUUCAUCAUCAUGGUGAUUCCACAGUUUUGUAUAGGAAUUUUACUUCUGCUCGGAAUUAAGACUUUUGCACAGUUCUGUCCUUAUCCAGAUAAGUAUUAUAUCAAGAGAGGAGUGAACACUUAUUGUCAGAAGAUUUAUAACUGUAAACCAGGCUUUGAGAUUCGUCCCUGUGACAAAACCUGUGGGGAGGAGAAAUGUGUUCUAUGUCCCACUGGAACAUUUCAACCAUUCCUAAGUCACUCGGAUGAUCCAAUCCGAAAACAAUGCUUUAAGCCAGACUUAGAAUGUAACCCAAGAGAUACUAUUCCAGUGGAAAAUGGGACUUACUCUCAUAGCUGUGCUAUGCAGAGAAGCUGUGCUUGUAAUCACAGCAAGUGUUUCUAUGGAAACCCAUGUAUAUGUGAAAGAAACUUCAAACCUUGUGGUAUCGAUGAAGAGAUGAAUUACAAGGGAGAGUGUGUUAAGUGUAUGGAGGGCUAUAGGAAGCCUUACAGUGGCUGUGACCAGUGUGAGAGAAUCAUUCCAACAAUACCCCCUUCAACUCAGUCUCCAAUUCACAAUACACCCACAGCAAAAGUGACCACCAAACCUAACUCAGAUGUAGAUACGACCACCAAAUCCACCAAAUACAGUUCCAUUCUUGACCGCUCACCACGUACAACACCACCGAUGGUAGAACCAGGGAACCCAGGGGCGAAGCACCAGGAGGAGACAGAGGAGGGGGGAGGGCAAACUCUCAUCAUAGUGUUUGCAGUUAUUGGGGUGUUACUCGUUUUGGUCCUAAUUGUGGCAAUACUGUUGUACAAAUGUAAAUCUGGAAGACGCAGAAUUAUGAAGAAGAUUUGCAGAGAGAGAGAGGCAGAAGAACCAGAAAGGGUUAAUGGAGACUUGAACCAUUUAGAUCCAAUGGACAUUCCUGAAAUGGUUCAAACAGACACUACCAACAUUCGUGAACCACUGAUGCGAAUAUCUAUGGUUGAUAGCGGGUACGAGCCCCACCACCCUAGCCUGGACUCCCAGAUUUCGCAGACUUCACAUGUUUCUGUCUCCACUCCUGUGCAAGUCACGGACGGAAGUGAUGAUUUCCAUCCUUUAAUGAGGACAAUCAGCCAUGAUCCUGAUGCAUCCAGCCACUCUGCUUUGAUAACCAAUAGUUCCCCGAUAUCAGAGCUUGAUGAGUCGCCCUCUCUCACCACCUCCACCCUGGAUAGACCCAGCACUGUGUCAUCCAUGGCAGUGUCAGAACCCAUCCAACAGGAAAUAAACCUAGAUGUAAAAGGGACCAUUCCAUCAGAUGGUCAGUACAUAACUGAUGAAAUUGGCAGUGGGCAUGAUGAAAUUGAUGUGAGGAUUGGACGCACUGCCACAGAAAAUGAGGAGGACACUCAGGAGAAGGGGAAGGAAUCAGCACACCUAGAUAGUUUACAGGCAUCCAAACAACAAUCCUAGUGCUCCAUGAACAUUGCUUGUCCUUUAAUAAGGAUUUAAAGUUUUAAGUUUUAAAAUGCAAAUGUUUUCUUUUUAUUUAAUUGAAUGAAUAUGUGUGUACUUAUGACAUGAAGAUUUUUUUUAUGUUAAAUCUUCACAAACCUGGUGCAAAGUUUUAUAUGUAUUUUUUUAACUAGACUAUAAUGAAUUUUAGAAAUACAUGUUCAUACAUGUAUAUUUUAGGGUAAGAAUUGGUUUUUUUCUACAUUACUUUAUUGUUUUAAUGACAGAAAAUAAGUAAUAAAAAAUCUUGUAAUCAUCCAAAAACAUGGAUGAACUGGAUUUCAAAGAUACUCUCUUAUCAUUAAACAUCUCAAUCCUCAGUACUACUAUUCUAAACAAGACCAGUGUCUGAGAAGUUUGUGUCAAUCAGCAAUCAAACAUAGGCCGAAAUAUUUCAUUGUCAGCCAUUGGUUCAUUCAAAGUCACAAUAUAUGUCCAAUUUGGGUUACUCUGAGCUGUGUCUUUAAAAUCAGUGCAAUUAUUAUUUAGAACUAGAGUAAAUUUCAACUCAUUGUGAUGCCUGAACUAAAUACAGGAAAACACAGUUAUAGCAAGGACGCUUGUAAUGAAUUGAUGCUCACAGCGAAGUGAUUUUCAUUCCCCGUGAAUUUAUUACAUGUUGUUAACUUGAUGGAUAUAUUGAAUUACAUUUAUCACGAAGUGAAAUUGCCCAUCGCUGGUACUUUGUUAUAAGCAUGUUUCACUGUAGAUACAUCAUCCAAAUAGUUCUUUUUGAAAAUAACUUCCUCCAUUGCAGCUCCUCUGUCCCAGAUUGACAUUAUGUAGUACUGCUGGGUUUGCUCAUGGUUAUUUCAAGUUUUGUUUUCUGUUGUAAAUUAACCAGGUCUGUUGAAAUAUAACAUUGUGUUGUUGUUGUUGUUGUAAUACAAUGCGAUACAAAUUGUUGUAAAUUAACUUAUACAACUCCAGAGAUGCAUAUUGUCGUACACGCAUUACAUGUGUCUUUGCAAUGCAAUCUCAAAAUUACAAUUGUAUAGAAUUCUGAAAUUGUAAAGAACCAUGAUAUGAAUAAAUUAUUGCUGAUAGAUUUAUGCAUAAAUUAGUGCUAAUGGUACUACCAUUGAAUUUGGCAUUGUCAAGUUGGGUGAAUGUUGAAACCAAUUAAAAAGGGUUGUAUAUUUAAGUGUAUUCUUAUGGUACAAUAGUAGAAGUGUCUGUCCUAAUGUUUUAUUCUUUGUUUUAUCAUUAUAUAUACACAUACCUGUUCUCACCUGCAAUGUAGAAUGUUUUGAUGCUUUGUGUUGGUUUUAUCAGGACUGUAGAAUUUUAGCUAUAACCAUUUAAUACUUGUUUCUCACCAUUUUUUCUAAGAAUCUCUGUCUUUUGUUUCAUGAUUUCACUGUUUUCUACAUCCCUAUGACAAAUCAUAUUCAUUUCUGUAAUUUGAAAGACCAUAAUAUCAGAAAUUUUAGUAGGCCAUUUUCUGUGUUUCUAAUGAUCAGGGAAAUACCAUGUGCCUAUCAAACUAGUUCAUUGUAUAAAUCCAUAGAGCAGAUGUACAGUUAUAAACUCAUCAUUUCGUUAUCCAAUUCAUCGAGUUAUUUCACAGAUUUUGAUUUACAUCUUGCAUACACAUGUUAAAUCAUUUUUUCACAGAAUUCAAGAGAAGAUUUAUGAUCUUCCAUAGAAUCAAGCAAAGAUUUAUAAAGAAAAAUGUGCCAUAUUAAAAACCAGAAAUUAAGGUCAGACGCGACCUAUCUUCCAUUUUUUCUAUUUCUCCUAUCUCCACAUCGUGAAGAUGUCCACUAAGUAAUCCCAUAAUUAUUGUUUUAUGCUAUAUGAUACUUUUUUUAUUUAGAUAUAAGGAGUUCAAUUGAAAUAUAUAAUAUGGCUUUAUUUAUAGGGAUUCAAAUCCAUUUUGCAUGCUAUUUUAAGGAAAAUUCUAAAUAUUCUAGCUCUGCAAAGAGCGUGAUAAUGUACUCUGAAUUUUAAUUAACAGGAUUAAAUGUUAAUAAAUAAGGAAUUAUAUAUCAAGGAAAAUUAUAUAAAAUUGAGGAACGUCCCAUGUGUCCUUAAAACACAUCUUGCAUACACAUGUUAAAUCAUUUUUUCACAGAAUUUAAGUAAAGAUUUAUGAUUUUUCAUAGAAUUCAAGCAAAGAUUUAUAAAGAGAAAUUUGCCAUAUGAAAAACAUACAUGUUCAUACUGUAAAUGUAUGAAAAUUGUUUCUGUUUAUGAUUUUUUUCAGGGGAAGAGUGUAUAAAAUGAAAAAAUUAGGGCUAUAGUAUAAUUGAAAAAAUGGUGAGAAAAGAGCAAAAUAUACAUGUCUGUUGAAUAUUUUCAACCCCCCCCCCCCCCCCAAUACAAUGCAGUGCAUUGUUGAUGUAUUUGUAUGGUCAGUUUUCGGUUGAUAUUUGUAAGUACAUGAAGUUUAUGGAAGAUUAUAAACAUUGAGUUUCUGUUUACUUUAAAAUGUUCAUGUACAAGUUCAUCAUGUAAGAUUCACUUCGAAUUGUUAUAUUAAUCUAAUGAACUCAUUAGCAGUUUUGAUGGAAAUUUUUGAAUACAUUUUUUUUCAGGCACUUUGGGUCUAUCAAUUUUUACCAAAAGAUUUAAUAUUUAUGCAAUGAAAGAAUUUAAAUUUUGAUGAAAUUUUAUCUAAUGAUAAAUGUGAAAUUUGAUCAUGAUUUAGUAUAUACUACACACUUUGUUGCAGCUGAGAACAUCAUUUCAUAUCCUUUUCAAGAACAAAGUACAUAUUAUAUACACGUACCGGUAUUUUAUUUGAAUUUCAUUUGCAUUUUCAAAUAUGGUAUGUGUAAUUACUUUUUUGAUGAGUUUUUGAAUUGGGCACACAUGAAAAGCAUAACUUAACCCUACACAACGCCAGCUGAAACCCAAGGUUAUUAUAUGUAUAUGAAAUACGUGUAGUAAAGUGCAAAAAAAUAAUCCGCAUUUUUUGCACUUUACAUACAUGUCUGGCUGUAUUUGUGGCAAUUACAUAUCAAAAAUGGCAUUAUUGAAAUUUUGAUUCACUGAUUUAAAUAAAUGAAAUAUAUAUCCUUGUAUGGAGAAAUUAUAGAUAAAGCACAGCUAAUGAAAUUAAAUUAAAAAAAAAAAAGGAUAUGCUUAAUAUACAGAUUCUUAUAGUGUAAGAAGCUAUCAGUUUAUUUAAAAAAAAAAAAAAAAUUCUUUAAAAACCAUUUAUAAAAAUGGGUUGUUUUCUGUAUUAAAUGUAAGGGUAAAUUAUUUGAUGCAUAUUACAUGUAUUAUCAUUUUCCCUCUCAUUCUUUUCUACUCAAUCUUCAUCUCCUGUGUAUUUGCUCACUGUAUACAUGAUAUAUAUUUGUAGAUUUCAUGAUAUUUGUUAUGUUUAUGAGUUUUGACGUCAGUUAGUGCAACUAACAAUGUGAUACAAAUAUAAUACAAAGAGAAGAAGGGUGUUACUUAGAGUCUAUUCUACAGACGACGUGUCAAAUGCUUUCUAGAUUAUGUUUUGAUUUGCAGUAUUUUAUAUAUGUCUUUUACUUGUAGUAUACGUAUUUCUGGUACACAGCUGUAUGUUUGUUACAAAUUGUAUAUGCAUCAACCAAGUUGAAUGUUUCAAUCCAUAUUUUUGUUUGAAUAACUGUAGAGCUUUUUGAAUUACAUAAAAAUUAAUUUGUUUAUAAAGAAUACAAAGCACUUAC